CACCAUUGUGAUUGGAGAAUCAACAAUCUGGAUUGAAGCUUGAUCCGACGUCCAUGUGAAACAGCUCUUGCAUGAACUCCUGUAUGAAGAACACCGACUUGGCAUACAUGGACUGCUUAUGAAGAAAUCCGUUUUGUUUCGUCGCCGGAGUAGUGUGAAGACUGUUCAAAGCGACACCGAAACCAGGGCCUUGUAUCUUCCAGCGGGCUCCAGCCAAUACGUUGUUUCUUUCAUCGAUCCAAGGCUGCUACAAACCGCACUCGUGGUGCCAACGCCGUUGUUGAGACUCUCGCGGCGUAAGGAAAGUGGCUGUUUCUGCGUUAUGUCUCUCGAGAAACACAGUCGGCAGCACUGUCAGUAUAGGUGUGAUCUUCGGUCGAUGGGAUAUGAUUGAUCUCGUCGACGUCCUGAGCCGAGUGCGCAUUCCAUAUGUCGUUUUUGCAACGGGGUAUCCGUCGUGCCCAUGCUGCCUGUCAAGGGUCUGUCGGCUUGAGGGCAAUGUUUCUUCUCUAUGGCGCAUUUUGACGAACGCAGUCCGCAGCACUGGCAAGGUGAGUUGGACAACUCCGGUGGAUUGCGAGGUCUUUGGAGGCUGGACAAGCAGCGCGCCCCUGAAUACCUUUGCAACACUUGAGAAGGCAGUUAUUCGCACAGGAUAUCAUUGUGGCAGAGCGUCGAUGGAUGGAGAUGCGAGUUGGCUGUACCUGAUAGUAUGUGAGCUGGCGGUGGACAAUGUAUGGAAGUAGAGCAGUUGUAACUGCACUGAACGAGCCCCGGUGACCGCCUACUUUACCACGGGUCUAGGCGUGCCACAGCGCCUACCUAAAGUCUGGCCCAAAGCUCGUGUAAGGCUUCGCGGCUGGGCUGCAUAAAAAUUGCCCAACUCAAGUAACGUCUCUGCGCUACAGAUUCUACAUUCCUUCGGCCAAGCUCUUCAAGCACGUCUCAUGGGACAGGCGGAGUACUCAGAUUGUGAAAUGAUGAAGCAUA